UAAGCGUAAAGUUUGACACUUGGACUUAGUAAAAACCCAUCUGGAAAUUGCAAUUCUAAAUUCAGACUACAGAGAUAUCGGAGCACCAACCUUUCCCAUAUAAACAUGUGACCUCAGAUACACUUGCCCCUAUUACAGAGUGAAAGAGCAAGGAUGGUUCUACUGGAGAAGCUUUGGGACGAUGUUGUGGCUGGACCUCAGCCUGAGCGUGGCCUCGGCAAGCUCAGGAAAAUCACCCCCCCAAAGCCCUUGAACAUUAAAGAGAUGGAAGGAGAGGGGAGCAAGUACCAGAGGUCGAUGUCAAUGCCGGAGAGCCCAGGGACCCCGGCUACGCCGAAAACACCAGUUACGGCUCGUAAGGACAACGUUUGGAGGAGCGUAUUCCAUCCGGGUAGCAACCUUGCCACCAAGGGCAUCGGUGCCGAACUCUUUGACAAGCCACUGCCCAACUCUCCCACCGUCUAUGACUGGCUCUACAGUGGAGAGACCCGGAGCGAACAUCGUUGAGGUGACUGGUUACCCAAGGUCGCAUGUAAAUAGCGCUUUAUCUUCUUUAUUCCCGGUGUUCCAGUGUCGGUUAAUUUCUUCGGUACUAUGUUUGCGUGUGCUAAGCGAGCUUGCUUUCUGAUCUGACUUGAAAAAUUGUGUAAUCAGUAACGCUGAGAUUUGGAGCGGAGGUACUACUGUUGCAAGCUGAUGUUUGUAAGUCAAUCAGCCAGCCCUAAACGCUGGUGAUAGAUCAGCUACCUUUAUCGUUAAUAUUAUAUAUAUAUAUAUAUUUAUAGUGUUUUUAUUGCUUGUUAA